AUGCUGCGUGGUCUUCCUCUACUUGCUGCUUUUCUUCUCAAAACUGUCAGCGCAGGUCCGUGUGACAUUUACGACCUCGCUGGCACGCCAUGUGUGGCUGCUCACAGCACGGUUCGAGCUCUUCUGGACAAUUACUAUGAAUCUCUGUACCAAGUUAAACGUGUGUCCGAUCACAUGACGCUCAAUAUCCUUCCUUUGACUCCCGGUGGGAUCGCCAAUGCUGCUUCGCAAGACGAGUUUUGUAAAGGUAAUCCUUGUGUCAUUUCAAUUAUCUACGAUCAGUCCGGCAACGGCAAUCACUUGACUCCAGCACCAGCUGGUGGAGCCAAUAAAGUCCCCGAUAAACCUGCUGUUGCUAAUCGUCUUCCGGUGAAAAUCGGUGGAAAGAAGGCCUACGGGGUGUUGAUUCAAGAUGGGGUUGGCUAUCGCAACAACAAGGCGAUCAAUACCGCAAAGGGAAAUGAAGCACAAGACAUAUACGUGGUUUUUAGUGGCAAGCACUUCAAUGAAGGAUGUUGUUUUGAUUACGGCAAUGCCGAGACUACUUCUAACAAUGACGGCCCUGGGACAAUGGAAGCUAUAUACUUUGGUAACAAUACUCAAUGGAGCCGUGGCGAGGGCCCUGGUCCGUGGGUCAUGGCGGAUCUGGAAGAUGGUCUUUUUGGUUGUGCCGAUAAGAAGUAUUGUCCAAAUAACCCCACGGUGGAGUACGACUACUUGUUCGCCAUGCUCAAGGGCCGCUCUGACAAAACUUUUGCUCUCAAACAGGGUAAUGCACGGUCUAAGAAGUUUGAAACCACCUACGAUGGUCCUCGGCCAAAGGGUUAUGAGAUUAUGAAAAAGCAGGGUGCCAUCAUUCUCGGCAUCGGUGGUGACAACAGCGCCUGGGGUGCUGGUAAAUUCUAUGAAGGUGCUAUGAUCAAAGGCAACGCGGACGACAAAGUUGAUGAGAAGAUUCACAAAAGCGUCGUCUCAGCGGGCUACGGUCAUUAG